AUGGCUUCGACCACGACCGCCAUCGAGCUUGCCACGAGCUCUGCUUCCAGCAACACAGGGAGCUUGCGCAACUCCAAUGGCAGGAAAAACGAGGUCUCCAAAGCAUUUACCGUCACCGACCACGUCCUCGAGGCGUCGCGCGAGGCCGAUUCGACGGCCCCUGAAGGCGGAUACGGCUGGGUCAUCGUAGCCGGCGGCUUCGUUCUGCUAUGGUGGUCACUCGGCACGACGUAUGCCUGGGGCGUGAUGCAGACCGCCCUGGUCGCUGAUGGCUUGGCUGAUCCGGCUGUUCUCUCGUUUGUGGGAUCGCUGCAGGCAGCGCUGAUCUCGGCGCUGGCAAUUGUCAACUCCUUGGUGGUGCGAAAAACUGGAGUCCGCGCAGCAGCAAUGCUGGGCGCGGCGUGUAUGGGCGGCAGCGAGAUCCUGAGCAGCUUCACGAUCCACAACGUUGGCGCACUGUUUUUCACGUCGGGGGUAGUGAUGGGGAUUGGAGUCAGUCUUUGUUUCGCCGUCAUCUCUACAGUUCCAUCACAAUAUUUUAAUACCAAACGCGGCCUAGCCAAUGGAUUCAUGUUCGCUGGAAGUGGGUUUGGAGGCGCUGCAGUCAGCUUUGCUUUAGAUUCUUUAAUCCAAAAACUAGGCAUUGCGUGGGCGUACCGCAUCCUUGGCCUCAUGACUCUUGCUACAGGUCUCCCAGCCGCAUGGUUGAUGAAGGAGAGAAUACCUGUUGAGAGGCGAGGGUUUAUUGAAUGGAAGCUGUUCAAAUCCCCAACAUUUGUGCUCAUCUUCGUCGGCAGUGCGAUUGGAACUUUCCCUUUAUUUGUCCCGCCGUUCUUUAUUCCAUUAUAUACAAGAUCACUGGGCUUCUCGCCCAACGUUGGCGCCGGCUUGGUUGCAGGCUUCAGCUUGUCUUCCGCCGCCGGUCGCAUCCUCUCAGGCUUUGCUUCCGAUAAAGUCGGCUCGAUUAAUACCGUACUUGUGUCGUUGGUCUUGACUGCUAUCACAAUGCUUGCAAUUUGGCCAACUUCUACGGAACUAGGACCGCUCAUUGCCUUUGUCGUCAUCAAUGGUGCUGCCAAUGGAGCUUUUUUCUCCACCAUGCCAACUGCUAUCAGCAAAGUGUUUGGUAGUGCCAGGGUGGCUAUCGCCAUGAGUAUGGUAGUAACCGGCUGGGUUGGAGGCUAUCUCCUGGGCGCUCCAAUCGCGGGCUACAUCUUAGAAGCAUUCGGUGGUACUGAUGGUGGAUUGCACGCGUACCGCCCUGCCAUGUUUUAUGCCGGUGCGCUUGCGCUUGUCUCUGGCAUUUUUAUACUAGCCGCACGAUUUUAUAUCAACAAGUCUCUUCUGGCCGUGGUGUAA